AUGUCUGUGUCAUGGGGCACGCCGCUUGCAGAUGGUGUUGUUGCUUCACCUAGCCUCUGCAGGGGCCAAAUAGACGCAUUCACACACAUUUCGCGCACACAAACCCUGCCCGUCACUUCAGGACCCCUCCCCCACUCUCGUCACUCGCACUACGACAUCCAUUGA